UUCCUUAGUUGAUUCUUGUAUGUGUCCUGACAGGAGAUGGAACCCCAACGUUGGUGUGUCUGGCUAAUGCUCUAACCAACUGAGCUACCCAGCCAGGGCUUCUGCCUGGAUUUUGAUUGGUGUUUUCUUGGAGGGAAGGCGGCAAGAAGAGAUGCUUUGUGGGUGGAAGCCCCAGAAAGAACAAAAGAUCUGGUCAUUUCUCUAAAGUCCGCUACAUACAACCAUCUAUGACCUGUUCAGAGGGGAAGCAGGCCUUAGGAGAUGGGAGAUGGGCAAUGAGCGCGGAGAGGGCCUGUAGCUGGGUCCUGCUCCCCCUGGGCCCAUCCCGAAGUGGAAGAAGGUGACGGGCAUUUAAGCUUUGGGUCUGAACUGAUUUACAUCACAAGCUGGAAAUCAGGGCCUGUGAGGGAGAGUUUCCCUCCGGCUGUGAAAGGGGUCUUAGAGCCCUGCUGGGGCUUGGCAGGCCCCUCCCCUGGGCUGCAAGGAUCCGCCUCUCUAUUCCCCAGAUAAAUUCCUAGUGUCCACCAAAUUCCUCAGCGCUCUCUCACACUCCUCUACGGCCACGACUCCGGGGGUGGGGAAACAGAGCGUCGGCUUCCUUCCCAAAGAAGCCGUGGAGGUUCCUUCUCACAACUCUGCGAAGGGGAAAGGGGUGUGAGACCCAACCAGAACCCCAACUCCAACUCCGCACACGAGGUGGCUGCUCCGCACUGCACACCAGGGCGGCCCACUGGUUUCGGGUCUCUUUCUCCUUUCUCCCUUCCCUCUGUCCCUUUCCUCCUCUCCCGCAAACAUGUCCACCGGCUCCCUCAGCGACGUGGAGGACCUCCAAGAAGUGGAGAUGCUGGACUGCGACGGGCUGAAAAUGGACUCGAACAAGGAGUUUGUGACUUCCAACGAGAGCACCGAGGAGAGCUCCAACUGCGAGACUGGGUCUCCCCAGAAGGGCCGCGGCGGCCUAGGCAAGAGGAGGAAGGCGCCCACCAAGAAAAGCCCCCUGAGCGGGGUCAGCCAGGAGGGGAAGCAGGUCCAGCGCAACGCAGCCAACGCGCGCGAGCGGGCCCGGAUGCGGGUGCUGAGCAAGGCCUUCUCCAGGCUCAAGACCACCUUGCCCUGGGUGCCCCCGGACACCAAGCUCUCCAAGCUGGACACGCUCAGGCUGGCGUCCAGCUACAUCGCCCACCUGAGGCAGAUCCUGGCUAACGACAAGUACGAGAACGGUUACAUCCACCCGGUCAACCUGACGUGGCCCUUUAUGGUGGCCGGGAAACCCGAGAGUGACCUGAAAGAAGUGGUGACCGCGAGCCGCUUGUGUGGAACCACAGCGUCCUGACCUUGGAGGUGCGAGUCUGGGAACGGCGUGCUCCCCGGGAAAACGGCCCGGGAAGGCGACCCCUGCCCUCCCUGCUCUCUGCCUCUGCUUCCCCCGCCAAGCUCCUCUCUCUGUCCCACCCUGCGAGAACACUUUACAGCGACGAGGAGAUUCGUUUCCAAACCAGAGGAGAUCCAUUGUACUUACAAAGACUCCCAUCUAUUUAACUUUAUUAAUUUGUACGUGAAUGACUCUGCGAGCCUUGCUGGUCCAAGUGCAAUAUGUAAUUAUAAAUAUAUGACUAGAUAAGAAGAGCCUAUCGAUCUGUAUCUGUUGUACAGUGUGUUGUAAAAUGUAGAUCAUAGAAUAGCUGACUUUAACAGUCACAUUUAUAAAGUAAUUCACUUAAAGAUAUAUAUUUUUUCAAACAAGUUUUGCUACUUUCAAAAAUAAAUCUUUCUUUAUAUUGCUAAAAA